GCAAAAUACAUGUUAGGACAUGAUUCAAAGAGGAAAUAAAAUACUGUUUUGUGUUUCAACUUCCUUAAUUCAUCGUACAUGCAAGAUUAAUUCCCUGUCUUCAGCACGUGAAGAAACGUCUCAACGAUCAGCCUUGUAGGAAUUAUCGAUGAUCAUUCUGUUAUCAGCUAUAAGUCAUGACGAAAUUUUUGUCAACAUUAUGGAUUCUUUUAUCCGUCGUUCAUUUCUCCAGCGCAAAACCUUUGGAACAUGAGGAUUCAGACAUUCCUGCCAAGAGAGGUUAUGGCUCCUACUACUCCAACAGYUAUUUUGACCAGAUCGCUAUGUCAGUCUGUGCCAGUCUUCCAUCGCCGGCUGCCAAGAGAAUCAUCUUUCCAGUUCGUCGGAGAUGUCCAUCGAAAGAUUCGUGUGAUCAAAUAUGCAAGUCUCGGACCGUGAUCGCGCAGCUGUACACAUGGGCUAAUGGCAGUCCUCACUGCAUGGAGUCUCUUCAUUUGUACAAGGGUCGUCCCCAGCUUGCGCCCAACCCAGGAAGYACUAACAUCGAUGUGAACCGUGUGGGACUGGUGAUCAAGCGUUACCACUCCUGUCACGUGACAGAAUGUGGGCCAAACUAUUGCUGUUGCAGAAAGGGUUGACAAGCGAAAGGACUUGACCAACAUCCCUGAAAUCUUAAUAGAUAAUAAGCUAAUAUCAAAAUGAAUCAGCAGACCCCUUAUUAAGCGAACGCCAAGCAUUAAACGGAUGGUAUCUUGAAUAAUGACGGAAUUUUCCCCCCCAAUAUUAACCUUGGAUAUUUAUACAGUAAACGAACCUUCAUAGAAGUGGACACAUCUAUUUAGCCGACACCCUGUAUUCAACGACAUUUUCGAAAUUUUCUUGCCAUAUUAUUUUAAAACUAACUUCUAAACAACGCAGCUAACACAUUUGUUAAGUGGACGCACUACGAAGUCCCGAAGACUAGUCAACUUAAUAAAGGGACCACUGUGUGUGAUUAUAAAAAAAUAAUAAGAAUUAUGAGUGAAAACGCUUAGAAUUGAAAUAAACUAAUGAGCAAUAUMACUGA